AUGCUAAAAGACUCGGGACUUUCGACGCAGCAAGGGCAUGAGAUGAUGAGACAUAUAAACUCUUCCAGCAGCUCAAAAGAUAUAGAUAAAGUGACGCACAAUGCGUCGAAAGUCGACGUACAGGUGGGAAAUGUGAGUGAGGGCCAUAUGAAUACCCUGCGGUCGAUAACGUCGGCGCACGGGGCGCCUAUCAGAUUCGUGGAUGCCAAGAGUGCGACUUCGGACCAGCAAGUGCUGGCAGAAAUAGGUUACAAGGAAGAGCUCAGAAGAGAAUUUUCGACAGUGCAGAUUUUCGGUGUCGCGUUCUCUAUCAUGGGUCUUUUACCGUCGAUUGCGUCGACAAUGGACGGUGGGCUUAGCGCCGGGCCCGUGGGGCUCAACUGGGGGUGGUUUGUCGGUGGUGGACUGAUUUUGACCAUCGGCAUUGCGCUUGCCGAAAUUUCGUCUUCCAUGCCCACUGCCGGUGCCGUUUAUGUGUCGUGCUACCAAUGGGCGCCCCAACGCGUGAGAAAAUGCAUCAGUUACUCCGUCGGGUUUCUCGACACACUUUCGCUGUCAGCGUCAGUCUGUUCUAUUGUCUACGGACUUGCGCAGCAGAUUCUAUCUGCCGUGGUGGUCACGAAUCCUGAUUUUAAUGUCACCAACGGCAUCACCUAUGGUGUCUUUGCCGCGUGCAUCGUGAGCAUGGGUCUGUUGACAUCUUUGGCCUCGAAAUUCAGCUCCAAAUUGCAAACUUUCUCCAUUGUCGCCAACUGUUUCCUGAUCAUCUUGUUCUUCAUCGUGUUACCCAUCGGCGUGUCGAGAUCAGACAAGCUCGAUCGCAAGUUCAACGACGGGAAGUUCAUCUUUGGAAACUCCGAAAAUCUCUCGGACUGGAACACCGGCUGGAACUGGUGUAUUAGUGGUAUGACGCCCGCUAUCUGGACUAUUGGUGCGUAUGACUCCUGUGUGCACAUGGCAGAGGAAGCACGCGAUGCUGUGCGUGCUGUGCCUAUCGGUAUCGUGGGUUCCAUCGCAAGCUGUUGGAUUCUCGGGUGGCUCAUCUGUAUCGUGCUUCUAGCCUGCAUGGACUCCGAUAUCAACAACAUUGUGAACUCGGCAUAUGGUCAGGGUAUCACGCAGGUGUUUUACGAUGCGCUCGGAAAGCGCUGGACGCUAACGUUCCUAAGUCUCAUCAUUGUGUGUCAAUUCCUAAUGGGCGCUUCAACUGUUAUCGCCAACUCUAGACAGUUCUGGGCGUUUGCUCGCGACGACGGUAUUCCUUUCAGCAAUUUCUUCAAGAAGGUUAGCGGUAGAGUCGCAGUGCCUAUUCGUGCGGUUUGGGGUUCCUGUUUGUUGUCACUGGCCCUGGGAUUGCUGUGUUUGGCCGGCGAAACUGCCGCAGAUGCCCUUUUCAGUCUUUCCAUUGCCGGCAUGUACAUGGCCCUCAUUUUCCCCAUCACCUUGAGACUCACAUACGGAAGAAAAGACUUCAGACCGGGUCCCUUCUAUUUAGGCGACAUCUGGUCACCUAUUGUUAACUGGGUAGCAGUCUUUUAUCAGGCUUUUAUCAUUGUCAUGGUCAUGUUCCCCUCCCAACAGCACGGUACUACACCAGAUACCAUGAAUUACACAGUUGUCAUCGGCCCAGGCUUCUGGGUUUUGUCGCUGUGCUAUUACUUCGUGUGGCAGCGCAAAUUCUACCAGGGUCCAAAGUCAAACUUGACCGAUGAAGAAUAUGAACAAUACGUGGGCGAAGAUGUCAUUGAUGCAAUAAUAUCCAGCAACGCGCAACACAAAUCGGAAAGAUUGGCUUAG